AUGAAUUCAGUAGUGGAAGAUAAUCAGAGUGAUAAUGGCAGCGAAAAUAUUGAUUUGGAAGAUUCUUUAUCAAGUGAUAACGACGAUGAUGCACCAUUUGAGUACAUGUAUAAUCGUCGCGUCCCAAUUAUUAAUACUACUCAUGUUGUUAAUUCAAGAUCAGAUAUGCGAUAUAAUACGCGACGACAUAGUCUCAGACAUCAAUUAAGCUUAUUCGACGAUUCAUCACAAUCAUUUUCCUCAGACUCAUUGACAAUAAUGUCAAAUAAUUCAGCUCAAUAUUCAUCAUCAUCACAUACGCGUUCCGUAUUACAUUCCUUACAUAAUCAUUAUUCUCCAAAAUCUCUUUCUCCUUUAGAAAUAUUCAUAAAAUCACAGUUAAGCAAACAAGAUGAUGAAGGUGAUUAUGUUUAG